GAUUGGCUAAUUUUGAAAAGGCUCGAGAUUCAAAGUCAUGACAUAAACACACCGAUAAAUACUAGGCGUAAGCUAAAUAUUUCGACGCAAGAUGCUGCAAACAUGACAGAAGAUAGCUUUGGAUGGACAAAUUCUAAAAUGAAUGACAGUCUUGACUUUGAUCCAGCGUCUUUGAGCUCGCUGGCCACAUCGACACCGAAACCAUCAAGUUUAUCGAGUGACAGAAAAUCGGGUCGACGAUCAUGGUUUGAAAAACCCUCGGGAAUUACAUACAGCAUUGCUGUUGAAAGUAAGGAAAAACAUGAUUCCAGAAGAAAAAGUGAUGUUGAAGUUGAAACACUGGUUCUGACUCAUUUCACAACUUCUCCAAAAAUUGGAUUCGGAACAUGCAAACUUGGAAUUCCAAAACAGAGGACAUUGAUUGUUAAAAAUCCUCAUGAUUAUCCACAGAGCGUGAAAAUAGAACGUGUUCCACACAAGAACAUUUUUUCCUUUGAUUCUACAGAAUUUACUGUCGAUGGAGAAAGCAUACAUCAUCUCGAAAUUUCAUUCAAUCCAGAAAAUGAAGGCAACUUCAGGGAAAUGAUACAGUUCUCUAUAGAUAAUGCUUACAGACUUCAAGCAUUUGUUUUUGGAACCUGUCAAAAACCCCAAAAGAAAAAGAUUGUGACAAGAAAAGGUCUCCUGAAUCAAAAGGUCAAAAGACCCCUGUCAGUGGUCUACACACAAAGUUUGGCAAACAUUGCCAAAUCCUACAGUCCAGAUAAGUCUGAAAAGGAUUCAGCCCGUGUGAAAAGUUUAAGAAAAGAUGAAAACAGACUGCAAACAUCAGGAAACGUCUCUAUCAAGAGAGAAAAGUCUGGCAAGAGAAAUCAUCGGAGGUCAAACACCUACAACUCAUCAGACCAAGGAGAAAAGCAGGACAAGUCACAGGAAAGGUCACAGGAAAGUAUAGCAUUAGGUGUAGACAAAGACACUGAUGAAAACAAAGAGAACCAGGGUAAAACACCAGCGACUAAUAGUGGAAACGGAGAACAGAGGAGUUAUGUUGAUGAUCAGUCUUCUGACCAUCAGCAAACCAUUGUUGAAGAGACUUGUACCAAUGUCAUUUCCCCUGACACAUUUCUGAAGAAUUCAAGUGGGUUAGCAGUUGGUAAUGGGGAGAGUGGAUUGUUAGAGAAUUGUACUGAUACUCCCUCAACAAUAACAGCAUCUAAGGGGUAUAUUAGUCCGAACACAUUUUUACAAGAGUCUUCUGGCCAUCAGAAAACUGUAGCUGCAGAGACUUGUACCAAUGUCAUUUCUCCUGACACUUUUCUGAAGAAAUCAAGUAUGCAAGGAGUUGGUAAUGGGGAAAGUGGAUUUUCAGAGAACUGUACUGAUACCCCCUCAACAAUAACAGCAACUAAGGGGUAUAUUAGCCCGAACACAUUUUUACAAGAUUUGAAUGAAACCAAAGAGAAUUUGUCAGUAAACUUAGACCAGGACCAUUCUAACAGUGUAGACGAUGUACUAAAUAAAUCAGUACCUCAUGAAGUAAUGCUUAGCCAACUGGAAUUUGUGAAGACAAAUCUGAAAUGGAAAAUGUCAAACAGUUUAUGUUUGAAUGGAUCAAAAGAGGUUUCUAUGUCCAAAACAAUCGAGGAAAGAGCAUUAACAUUUGUUACUUCUAACCAACCCAGUAAUCCAUUUAGUAUCAUUCCAGAGGGAAGCAGUCCUCGCAGAACCACUUAUACAGUCAAGAGAAAACAUUCCCCUCGUAAAACAAUGACCAAAGUUAUGCAGAGGAGGGUUGCUCAUGACAAAACCACUGUCAAUCACUCAAAAGAUGGACAUGAGAGGAAUGUUGAGCAACCAUUGCAGGGUAGAGGAAAGGCCCCCAAAAGGAGAAGAAGUGGAGGUUUUACCCCAAGAGGAGUUUGGAAAAAUAAAAGCUCAUUGCACCUCACUGAAAAUGUUGGAAAAAGCCCUCUUAUUGAACCAACACCAGAGAGAAUGGUAAAGGAAAGACAUGCUUUUGACAUACCAGACAGUAUUUGUUUAACACCAGAAAUACUGGAAAAGUCCAAAAAUCCUAACAGGUUGCCAGGAAAUGAACCAUCAAAUUUAGUGCUUCCCACUCCUGAGAGAAUCCUUAUGGAUGGAAGGAAAGAAAGUAAUGCAAAAACCCCACUGUCUCAUCAUUACAGAAGUCUGACUUUGUUAACACCAGAACAGAGUCUUCAGAAAAUGGGUCCAAAGGAGACAGGUGUUGACACACCAUGUUCUAAACAGACUUUCUUCCUAGACAGUUACACCUCAGACAAAGGAUCUCUCACAUAUUUACCAGACACUCCUCUGCAACAAGCACAUGCAGGAUCAGAAACAAACUUAAAAGAAGAGUCAGUAUUGACACAACUGGAGGUACAACCAUCUGGCUUAUUCACUCCAUCAGGAGAGAACGGUCAGAGGAAUUCAGACUCUCCUUGUAUCAGUGAGAUUUCAGAGGGAAGCUUCAAUUGCACGCCUCUACCAACUAGUCCCAACCCUGACCUGUCUAGACGAUCCACCCAUAUCAUUCACAAUCCCAGGGUACUUAACUCUAGUCAUAUGGAGAAAAAGCGACUUUUCCCUCCACUUGACGGGCUUGACAAUGAAGAUGAUGAAGAGUUGGAGGAUAAAGAAAAUAUUCCACCAAGACAGAUGAGCCCUGAUACAGAUAAUGUUUGUGGUAAAUCACCAUUAAAAGAACAAGUAUUUUCUGUUGAAGAUAAAGAAGAAGAUGAUAGGAGUUCAGAAGUUGAUCAAUGCUCUAGACUUGAAACAAUUUCAACUUUAUCUGACUGUAUUAAUGAUCCAUCUAAAUCUAUGGACAGUAAUGAGCAGUCAUGUGAAGAAAAUGUUCUGAAAGUGUCUGAAGUAAAAGAGAUUGCUGAAAAAGAUGACAAUGACAAGACAUGCUUAAAACCAGACAACUGUACAGGACAAAGUGAAAAUGUCACCGAAAGUUGUGUUAGCAGGGAUGCCAAUCUUGUACCUUUGAAACAGGGAUUGUUGAAGGAAAGCAAGUUAAAGAAAGCCAAGGGUGUAGGUGUCUUUGAAAACCAGAGUGAAAAAUCCAAAGUAAUAAAGCAGCAAGAGAUAUCUAAGAGGGGACAGGUUUCUCAGAAGCGUAAGACUGAUGAAGCUGGUAUGAAACAGCCAAAAGUAACAGCUCCAGUUCAAAGACAAACUGCUAAACCUAAAACAGCUAGGACUGCAAAGUCAAAGCUCAUACUAAUGAAAAGGACAAAAACAGCCUUGCCAAAACAUCCAUUACCAUUUGCAUCCAAAAAUAUUUACUAUGAUGAGAGAUGGAUGGAAAAGCAAGAACGUGGAUUUUCUCAUUGGCUGAAUUUUAUUUUAACACCGUCCACUGAAAUGGGAAACAACACUAAAUGUAAAGUUGAUGCUUCCAAGCUAGAUUUUUACAAAACUGGACCCCAGAAACUGGCACCAACCAAAGAAGCGCUGUCCUUCAAAGAGUAUUCCGCCAGUCGUAAAUUAAACGGCCUGCGACGAUCUGCCUGUAAGCUAUUCCAGUCUGAGGCGGUGACAACGGUGGUCAGAAAACUGGAGAUGGAGGUAGAGAGUCACCGCUUGAUGAUCAGAAAAGACCGCAAGAUUCAGGCGGAUCUAGGCCUGAGACAGUCUAUUUUAGAUCUACUGUUGUCUUUCAAUCCUUUAUGGCUGAGAAUUGGAUUAGAGACUGUAUUUGGAGAGAUAAUCAGCGUCAAAGAUAAUGGUGAUGUGGUUGGUCUUUCUCACUUCAUCAUCACAAGAGUUCUAGGAAAUCCUGACAUAGCCUGUCAGUUUGCCCAUCCAUCAGUCCCACACCUCUACAAAGAAGGCUACUCGGGGGCUAUAGCUCAGCACUUUCUGAAGAAGUUCCUGUUGUUGGUGUAUUUCCUGGAUCAGGCUAAGUGUCAGCUGUUAAUCAAGCAUGACCCCUGUCUGUUCUGUAUGGACUCUGAAUUCAAAUCGUGUAAAGCCCUACUGGUGGAGUUUUCUAGCCACUUCUUGGCGGGGGAGGGAGACAUCAAUCGACAUCUUGGAUACCUAGGAUGCCUCACUAGUCACACCCAGACUGCCUUAGAUGAGUUUGAUUAUGCCAUUCAGAACCUGAGUACGGAUCUCAGGGAUGGACUGAGACUGAUACGAAUUCUGGACUUGCUGGAAGAGAAAGCACCUUUUAAGAGAAAGCUCAGGGUACCAGCCAUCAGUCGUCUCCAGAAAAUUCACAACAUGGACGUGGCUUUCUCUAUUCUUAAAGACAUUGGUAUUGACAUGGAGAAAGAUGUAAAAAUGGUCAGCUCCAGAGACAUUGUGGAUGGUCACAAGGAAAAGACUCUUCAUUUGCUGUGGAUGAUCAUUUUGAAAUACCAAAUUGGUCUGAUGUUGAAUGCAAAUCAACUGAAGGAUGAAAUAUCUGCCUUGGAGAGAUCUCUACAGCUCCGCAAGCACCUGCAGGCUCUAAAGAAUUACGAAAUGGGUUUGCAGCAGAAAAGAAGGGAAUCCACAUGUGAUGAUCUGUACUCAAACAAUGAACUUCUAGCCUUGCUUCUGAAAUGGUGCAGAACUGUUUGUCUUUUCUAUGGACUCAAGGUAGAGAAUUUCACUGUCUCGUUCAGUGAUGGCCAGGCCUUAUGCUUCCUUGUACACCACUAUCACCCAGACCUCCUUCCUCAGACUCUGAUCAGCACCAGGACCAGUAUGACUUACCAGGAGGAGGCGGAGCAUCAGACACUGGACUGUAGUCUAUCAGACAGCCCCGCCCCCAUGUCAGCAGUUUCAGCUGACCAAGAUGUAUUCAAAGAUCUUCUGAAGAAUGAAAGAGAAAAUUUCAAAGUUCUGCACCAGAAGGUAUCGGAGUUAGGUGGUGUUCCUAUGAUGAUUAAAGCCGCUGACAUGUCUAACACAAUCCCUGAUGAGAAGAUCGUGGUGACGUACGUCAGUUACCUGUGUGCUCGCCUCCUGGACAUCAGGGAGGAAUGCCGUGCCGCCCGCACUAUACAGCUAGCCUGGCGGCGACACUACCUAAACAGGGCCAGGGCCAAAUUACAGGUCAAGGAGAAAGCAGCUAUCAAAAUCCAAAGAUUUUUCAAAUUUCACCAACAAAAGAUGCUUCAAAGAAAACAACAUACCUCUGCCAUUAUUAUUCAGCGAUGUGUAAGAAGAUAUCUUGCAAGAAGAAAACUAUGCCAAAUGUUAGUAGAAAAACGAUUGAGGGCUGCUAGAGUACUGAAGAAUUUCUUGCUGACUCGUGUAGAAAGACAGCGCUUUGUAAGGAUGAAGGCAAGUGCUAUUAAGAUCCAAUGUGUUGUCAGAGGAUUUCUAGUAAGGCAGCAGUUAGCCAAGGAGAAGUCUGCUGUAAGACUGAUAGAAAACUGGUACUUAUUAUCCAAGCAAAGCAAACAACUGAGAGAUAAUUUUUUACAUAAGAAACAGAGCAUAAUUACUCUUCAAAGAGCAGUCAGAAAAUUAAGGGAGAGGAGGAAGCUGAAAAAAGAAAAGGCAGCAAUAGUGCUACAGAAAACUUGGAGAGCUCACUGUGUGAAGUGUUGGUACAAAGGGAUAAAGUCAAGCAUAGCUGUUAUUCAGAGAGCAGUCCAGGCAUGGAAAUUGAGGAAAGAGUUCUUGAGGAAACGAAAAGCAGUAUUAUUCCUACAACAAAAAUACAGAGCCCAUCAACUGGCAAAAAGACAAAGAGCCACAUUCCUUCAGAUUAGGUUGUCCUCCAUUGUAAUACAGCAGGCCUGGAAGAGACAUAUGGAAAAACGAUCUCAGACAGUGACCAAACUUCAGUCAUAUUGGAGAGGUUUUGUGGUUCUGAGGAAAUACAGAAUACUUAGGAGAGGAGUGGUGGCUACACAGGCAGCAUUUAGAGCAUAUUCUGCUAGAAAACUGUACCUGAGUCAACGUAAGGCAGUUGUUGCAAUUCAGCAAAGGUGGAAAGAGAUUCUGGUGGGAAGGCAAAUCAGACAAAGAUUUCUAGCUUUUAAAGCAGCAGCUAUUACAAUACAGGAAAACUUUAAAGGCCAUCAAGUUAGAAAGCAGUUCCUUCAGACUCGUUGUGCUGUGAUUGUACUCCAGAAAAAUUUCCGUAGACUUGUUGCUCACAAGAAGUUCCAGCUUAUGAAAGAGAGCAUUGUCAAGAUUCAAAGAAAGUGGCGUGCAACACUGCACAUGAAACAGGAAUUUACACAAUAUCAAGUUGUAAAGGGAUCAGUUUUAGCAGUUCAGUCCUAUUUCAGAGGAUAUAGAGUCAGGAAAGCCAUUGCUGUCAUACGACAAAGAGAAGCAUCAGCCCAGCUUAUUCAGAAGUAUUGGAGAGGCUACUGCAUAAGAAAGAAAUAUUUAACACAGAAAGAAUGUGCCAAAACUAUUCAGACUGCUUACAGGGCAUGGAAGCAAAAAAGAGAAAAGGAGCAGAAAUGCAAAGCUGUCAUCAUUUUGCAAAGAAGAUAUAGAGCCCUUCUUUGUUCAAGAUUACACAGGAAAUCUUUCCUACAGGUGAAAUCAGCCUGCUUUACAAUUCAGAAACAUUGGAGGAUGAAAGUUAUGAAGAGAAAUCAUGCAGCAAUUACCAUACAAUCACAGUGGAAAGCACAUGCUGCCAGAAAAAGAUUCAGAGUCAUUAAAAAAGCUGUAAUUUGUAUACAGUCUGCUUACAGGAUGUGGAAGUCAAGAAAGAAUUACAUGCUAAAAAAGAAAGCAGCUGUUAUCAUUCAGCAGAGGUAUAGAGAAUAUAGAAGAGGGAGGGCUCAGAGGGAAAACUUCUUGAUCAGUAAAGGAGCAGCACUGACUAUUCAGGCAUAUUAUAGAGGUUACCAAGCAAGAAAAAGGUUCAAAACAUUGAAGGGUUCCGCCAUCAAAAUUCAGGCUCAUGUCAGAGGCUAUGGGGAAAGAAAGAAGUUCCAGCUUUUGAAAGAGAGCAUCGUCAAGAUUCAAAGAAAGUGGCGUGCAACACAACUUAUGAAACAAGAAUUAACACAAUAUCAAACAAUUAAGCAAUCAGUUUUAACAGUUCAGUCCUAUUUCAGAGGAUAUAGAGUCAGGAAAGCCAUUGGUGUGGUACGGCAACGAGAAGCAGCUGCCCAACUUAUUCAGAAGAACUGGAGAGGCUACUGUUUAAGAAAGAAUUAUCUAACACUCAGAAAAUGUACAAAGAUUAUUCAGACUGCCUAUAGAGCAUGGACGCUUAGGAAAGAAAAGGAGAAGAAAUGCCAGGCUGCAGUCAUCUUGCAAAGAAGAUACAGAGCCCUUCUUUGUAAAAGGUUACACAGGAAAUCUUUCCUACAGGUCAAAUCAGCCUGCAGCACAAUUCAGAAACACUGGAGGAUGAAAGUUAUGAAGAGAAAUCAUGCAGCAAUUGCCAUACAAUCACAGUGGAAAGCACAUGCUGCCAGAAAAAGAUUCAGAGUCAUAAAAAAAUCUGUCAUUUGUAUACAGUCAGCUUACAGGAUGUGGAAGUCAAGAAAGAAUCACAUGCUUAACAGGAGAGCAGCUGUUAUCAUUCAGCAGAGGUAUAGAGAAUAUAGAAGAGGGAUGGCUCAGAGGGAAAGCUUCCUGAUCAGUAAAGGAGCAGCACUGACUAUACAGGCAUAUUACAGAGGUUACCAAGCAAGAAAAAGGUUCAGAACGUUGAUAGGUUCCGUCAUCAAAAUUCAGGCUCAUUUCAGAGGCUCACAGGAAAGAAAGAAGUACAUGUCCCAAAAGACAGCAGCUCUGACAAUUCAGAGAAGAUUCAGAGAAACUUUAAGAGCAAGGAGAGAAAGAAGAUGUUUCCUUCUCCAGAAAGGAGCUGCUAUAUGCAUACAAGCAAGAUACAAGGCAUAUGUGGCUAGAAAGCAGUUUAUUAAUGUGCGCUCUGCUGUUGUCAGACUUCAAUCAGCAGUCCAUACUUACUUACAAAAGAAAAGGUAUAAAGAUAUUAGAGAUAGAGUUUGUACAAUACAGAGAAAAUGGAGGGCAACUCUGAUGAUGAAAGAUGCAAGACUGCAAUUCAUGAUAGUCAAGGGAGCAGCUGUCACCAUCCAGGCAUUUUACAGAAUGUGUCACGCUCAACAGGAAUUCAGGAAAACCAAAACAUCUGUCAUUAAACUUCAGUCCCUCAUACGUCGUCAUCUAGUCCAAAAGGAGUACAGGAGAAUCAAGCAGGCAGCGUGUGUUAUACAAAGACGAUUCAGAGCUUACAUGGACAUGAAACAGACACAGAAGGAAUACCUUAUCCUGAAAGGAGCUGUCAUUACCAUUCAAGCUUGUUUUAGAGGGUACUCGGAGCGUCAACAAUACCUAAAGAAGAGGGCAGCAGUUGUCAUGUUACAAUCAGGAGUAAGAAAGUUUCUGUGUCAAAGAAAUUAUGCUAAACUGAGAAGUGCUGUUCUUCAAAUUCAGAGACAAUUCCGUCAAAAAAUGUGUGUAGCAAGAGCAAGAGAGAAUUUCUUGAUUACUAAGGGUGCAGCUAUCAGCAUUCAGGCCCAAUACAGAAGGCAUCUUCAGCAGAGAGACUACAGACAUAAAAGGCAGGCGAUUAUAAAACUGCAGGCAUUCCGUCGCAUGAAAAUCCACCGAGAUCUAUUUCUGAUUCAAAAAAGGGCUGCCUGUGCAAUUCAAAGGUGGUUCAAAAAUAAAUUGCAAGGAGAUAGAGUUCAAGCAGAAUACCAGAGGAAGAGACAAGCUGUCAUAAUUCUUCAAAGUGCUACCAGAGGAUGCAUAGCUAGAAAACAAGCAAAGCAAAGAAAAAUGUCCAUUAUCCACAUACAGGCCCUUGUCAGAAAAUUCAUGGCUGUACAGAAGUUUCAAACUUUAAAGAAAUAUACCAAAUUUUGUCAACGGCACUAUAGAGCCAAAUUAAAUGGAAGAGCUGCCAGAAAUCAGUAUUUGGCCCUGUGCCAAGCAGCUAUCACAAUACAAUCAUGCUACAGAGGCUUACAGACUAGAAGACUGAUGGUGUUGAAGCAAGAAAGUGCCGGAAGGAUUCAGUCAUGGUACAGGGGAAGAAAACAGUGCAUAUUGUAUCAGAAACUCAGACAAUCUGCCUUAGUGUGUCAAGAAACUUACAGAACCGGUAGGCAAGCACAAUCAGAUAGAAGGAAGUUCUUGGUCCUCAAAGGAGCAGCUCUGACUAUUCAGGCGUCUUAUAAAGGCUACAGGACUAGACGUGUGUACCAGAGGAUGAGGCAGGAGGUAAUAUUACUCCAAGCUGGUGUUAGAGGUUUUCUCGUCAGAAAGAGGCAGAGGAAACUUAACCAAGCUGCAUCAAUCAUACAGAGGGGUUUCAGAAAACACUUGCACAGGGAACUUGUCAAGCUUCAGGAGAAAGAGAGACAAGAUUACUUGCUACAAUUUGCCCAAAGAAUGAAGAUUCACAUGGCAGCUACCAUCAUACAGAGAUGCUACAGAAAGCAUGUGUCAUUAUGUCAUGCCAAGAAACAACUUCAAAGUGUCCUCAUGAUACAAAACUGGAUGAGAGGAAGAAUAAGCCGCUUGAGGUUUCUGAAGCUGAAGAGGUCUGUCUUUGUGAUCGAAUCAGCAGCAUUAAAGUGGAUACAAAUACAGCAUGAUAAAGAAAGACAACACGCAGCUACAACAAUACAGGCUGUUUGGAGAGGAAGACAAGUGAGAAUGAGAAACAAGUGUAAGAAGGUGGCCAGGGUGAGACAGCGAGUGGUGGAGGCUCAGAGGAGCGCCACCGAGGACAAGAAGCUGGGAAACCGCACCGAGUCAGCACUGGAUUAUCUCCUACAGUACAAACAACUGUCACAUUUACUGGAGGCCUUAUUCCAUCUAGAUGUGGCGACACGUCUGUCCCCAGCCUGCUGUGAGAGACUGGUAGAGGUGAAUGCUGUGUCUGUGAUUUAUACACUGAUCAGUAGCUGUAACAGGAGUCAACCUCACAUGGAGGUCAUUAAAAUGGCUGUCAGCAUUCUGCUCAAUCUGGCCAAGUAUGACAGAACCUUGCCCUUUGUCUUUGUGGAGGGAGCAAUGAAUAUUUUGCUGGAACUGAUGCAGAUUUACAGAGAGAAAGGCCUCAUAUUUAAUAGAACUUGUACCCUGGUGGGAAUUUUAGGCAGAGAUGAAUGUCGAAGAAAGAUCAUACUCUCUCAGCUUAGAGUGACAGAGCGACUGCAGAGUCUAUAUAAAUUGACGGCAAGAAAAUACAAACUGCACGAGAACCAGCAAAUGCGACAAGCAAAACUGAACGCAUCAAAAGCAAUGAAUUACACCCUUCCUAUCCGAGCUACCCCUCAUAAACUGCCAAAGAUCCGCCCAGACUGGGUAUUACACAGGGGAUCUUUACAUAACAUAGAUAAUCCUAUGCAGGCCAUUAGUUUUGUUAUUGACAGCCUACACAUUGUACAGAGAUGAUUUACUGUGUACUAUUUUCUUUAUUUAUACCCUUUUUACUCCAUCUCUCAACUUCUUCUUUCUGUUAUAAGGAAAUUAUUUUUAUCUUUUCAUCUGAGUGUGAAGUCUGACAUUUUUUGUGUUGAAAAACUAUCAGAACAAUUUCCUGCAAAACAUGCUUCAAAGUUCGGGGAUUAAAAUGAAGGGCCACUGUUACAUAAAUAGAUUGUUAUAUCUUUAAUACAACCAUUGAACCAAAGUAUAAAAACAGCUCUAUUCAGUGAAAAUUCGAAUUAAUUCAAGUCAUUGUACAAGGUUAGAAUGCAUUUAUAGUUUGAAGUUUUAUGUAGAAAUGCAUGAAGACUUCUUUUGUGAACAUUGAAAUUUAAGCAAAUGGAUGGAUGAUUGAUUUUACUCAGUAAAUUUUUAGAGGGGAAGUCUGACAGUUUUAUGAUAAAAGUACAACUUUCUGAUGUUUCUAUGAUAUGAUUUUUUUAAAGGUUUUAAGUGUUUUAAAACCAUAUCCUUAAGUGUUUUAAGUGUUUUUUUUUUUUUACUCAAUGAAUAUGCUUUGGUAUCAAAUACCAUACACCAUCCAAUUUUUCUGCUGUAAAUGUUAUUUGUAGCAUGAUUUGAAAUGAAAUAGUCAUACAAAAUGAAAUGAA